AUGGCUGGGUUGCUCUCACAGACGCUGGUAUCCAGCCCCAUCAUCCAAUUAAUUCUACCAGCGCGCUUGAGAAGCAAGCACCAAAAUGAUGUUGUCUUUGUUGGCGAAAGGCACAUACAAAUCAAAGAAGCGCUAUCAGGUGUCCACUUGGAAGACGUCAAUUCAAAAUCCGACUUCGAUUCCUACAUCAUGGCAGCGAAGGUCAUCAAUGUGAGCACAGAAUUACCUUGGGAGGCCCAGAUGAAGCUGGCAGCCAGCAAAGCAGCUGUCACGGAUCCUGGAUCGCGGCAAGAACUCCCACCACAAAUAAUGGUUCUCAGUCUUGCAUCGAGAGAACUAGUCUUCCUUUAUUUUUCGUCAACGAGCGGCCACUUCAUUCACCAUCACCGACCUUUACCAAAUGAUGUCAGUACAUUCGAGAGAUUUGGGCGGAACAUCGCGGUGGAGCCGCGGUCCCGUGCAGUAGCAGUCAGUGCUUCGGCCGAUUAUUUUGGAGUAUUCAUGUUGAAGAAGCCGCCUGUUCUCCAGUCACAGAUGGCUUCGAGUCACUUGGAUCCGAUCACAGAGGAACGCUUCUUCCGGGUAGAAGGCGACAUCCUGUUCAUGGAGUUCUUGUACCCGAAAGCCGAAGAUGGUGAUAAAAUUAUCCUGCUGCUCUUGGUCUCACAGAAUCAGGUGACGCAAGCUAUCUGCUAUGAAUGGCACGCAGACGAGACGAUACGACAAGCGUCUCCGAGAAUUACAAAGAGGUUCCUUCCUCCUGAAGACACGUUACCCACGAUGUUGAUUCCGUUGACCAAGACAUCCUCCUUUAUGUUAAUCACAACGACUUCAAUGGCUGUCUACAAGAAUAGGCUUGACCCACGAAGACAGCCCAGUCGCUAUCCUCUUCCUGUGCCUGAUCGCGAAUCUAAAAAAGCACCCCUGUGGACGCGUUGGGCAAGGCCAUUGCGCAAUUGGUCGUAUAACCAGCGACACGACGACAUUUACCUUUGCCGUGAGGAUGGUAGGGUCUUUUACCUGGGAAUCGGCAACGAAGGUGAACUGGAAAAUCAAGCACAUCUGGGGCAACUCUGCUGCGACGUCGACGCUGCAUUUGAUAUCCUCGAUAUUGGUCAUGAAGGUGGAGACCUCCUUUUGGCCGCUGGGACCACAGGAGACGGUGGCCUUUUUGUUCAGAAGGCUCGUGACGAACCUCGAUGUGUCCAAAAAUUCAUCAACUGGUCCCCAGUGACGGAUUCCGUUAUUGUAAACUCUGGCCAGGAUUCGUCGUCCUCAGACACAGCCAGAGACCGAUUAUUCGUGUGCUCCGCGUCCUCCUAUGGGCGAGGUGCAAUAUUCGAACUUCGGCAUGGCUUGGAGGCACAGAUUGGCUUGGUCGUCUCCCUUGAAGAAUUGUCAAGCACGAGGGAUAUUUGGACAAUGUCGGAUGACAUAAAUGGAGGUGUUUACUUAUUGAUCUCCGAUCCCGUCUCCUCUAUUCUUCUGUAUCUGUCUGCGGACUUCGGGGAAGAGAUGUGUGCUAUAGACGAAGCAGAUUCUGGGUUAGACUUUAGUACCCAGACCUUGGCAGCCGGAUGCACCAGCUCCGGCGUACUCGUCCAAAUCACUGAGAAGGCGAUUCUUCUGGGUACAGCCAAUGAGUCCACUCUGAGGACUCGCUUUGAGUUUGGCUCUGACCAAAGUGUUGCUGUUGCUGCGGUCCACAGCUCGGCAUCAUUAAUUGCGUCUGCUGUGCGAACACGACAUGAGAUGCACCUCUCUCUCAGGAAUAUUAACAUUUCACAGGACCAGCUUCACUUAUCCGAGAUUGGUCAGCCUUUACGAUUACCCCAUGAACCUGUCUCCAUUCUCAUUGAGGUUUUGGGCACCUUUACUCUCAUAUUUGUUGGCACUGGCAAUGGGAAAGUCUUGAUGUACAGCUUCGAAGACUCAGCCAUGCUCCUGUCAGAAGUUUCCGUUGAUGUAGAAAACGGGGACGACCUAUCGAAAGCAAUCGAAAGUCUUGCUGUAGUCGCCAUUGACACCGACGGACCUUCCCAGAAGUACACAAUACUCUGUGGGUUAAGAAGUGGUAUUUUUGCCCCUUUUGAGAUGACGUUAGGCCAUGGUGACAAGAAAUGUGCAAUUGGAAACGUCCACAGUUUCGCCAUGGCAAAGAUCAUUGAUCCAAACAUCGAUGGCGAAUCCGACACCUUGUUCUGCAUCGCCGACGGUCAGCUCUUGAUUUGCACACUGGAUCACGCAGCGAAGACAGUUCCUCGAAGGAUUGAUCUACCUGGAAGCCCAAGCAAGUUAGCUUAUUCCAACUAUCUGAGAAGCCUGAUUGUCGCGUACACUCGGGCCGAACUCGACACCGAAUCUGAUCCUAUCAGAAGACUGACUCGGCCUUUCAUUGAGUUCGUGGAGCCGGAUACGCAACACGGAGUCUCAAAGGCCGUUGACGUCUCUGAAGACGGUUACUCGGCGUGGAGACCUCACGGAGCGGCUGGGGAGAAGAUCAGUUGUAUCUUGGAAUGGACACCUAAGAAAGGUGAUGAAGAAUACCACUUCAUUGUCAUCGGAACAGCUAGGAAACAGCAGCAAGAACGGGGACGAGUCAUUUUUCUACAAGCGUCCCGCAGCUCGUCCGACUCCUCGAGGAUUGAAUGCUCCGUGAAAUAUAUCCAUAAAUUUGAGAGUCCUGUUUAUGCGAUUGCUCCAUACGGUGAUUUCACAUUGAUGGUCUCGACGGGUCAUGAGAUCGUACCAUUGGAGCCCAAGCUGUCACAGACACGUCGUGUUCGAGCAGCGAGGUACCCAAUGCUUUCCCCAGCGAUUUCCUUAAGCUGCCAUGAACCUUAUGUAUACAUGUCGACAUCGAGGGAGUCCCUGAUGGUGCUCAAAUCCUCCGAAGACAGAUUGCUGCUCCAUGCUUACGAUCGUCAGAAGCAUGAUGGACUCUCUCAUAUUCACAUUGGUGGUGAGUUUAAUUUGACGAUCACCACUAGCCGAGGCGGUCGAGUCAGCAUACUUUCAGAGAAUGGUAUCACGGACAACGACAAGAUGAUGCCGGUUGCGCUGUGUGAAGCACAUCUUCCCUCAUCCGUGAUGAAGCUCAGCUCAGGAUCUAAACCAUCCCCAUUCUCUCGCUCAUCCCAGGUGUACUAUGGCACUGCUAUGAACGGGAUAGCAUACCGCUUUUUAAUCCUAGAUGAGAAAGAGUGGCGCUUGCUACGUCUACUUCAGAAUCUCUGUAUUAGAGAUCCAAUACUAUGCCCUUUCACGCCCAAAAGGAAACGAAGACGCAACCCGGCGACGAAUGGCAUCGCAGAGCCCCAGCCCUCACACAUGCACAUCGAUGGCGAUAUACUGAGUCGCCUCGCGAUGCGUGGUUCGGAUUAUUUGACAAAAAUGUUGACGACCCAGGACUUUGAAGACGCAGCCUUUCCAGAAAACGGCACUGCUCAAGCCACUCUGGAGCUAUUCACUGAGCUGUCCAACAAUCUGCUGGGAGAAUCCCCUGACCAAGUCGAAAAGGUCAUGAGAUGGUUGGAGAAGGCCGUUCAAGUGGAGUUCUGA